AUGUCAUUCGAACAGGACGAGGAAUCAACACGUGAAAAAUGGGCGGCUGUCACAAGUUGGGAGGCUCUGGUAGACUUGAAUGUUGAGUUUAUCAAGUCAAGUGCAGAGGGAAGACGGGACGUCUCAACCCCUUACCAUCAUGGGCCCCUUGACGAAGAGACCGAAGAACUGAUCCCUUCUCUACUGCACUUGCAUGAAUAUGGGCUUUUAACAACCCAGAGUCAGCCGAUUCUAGCCAGCGAGCCCGAAUACAUUGCCGAGCAGCAGAAGUGGUACGAAUGGAGACAAAUUCCAUGUGUGGACUUUUUUUUCGAGUACCAAAGCGUUGAAGCACACCUUUUUUUGAGCUAUCUCAUCAACGACAACCGUCUUAAGGUUGUUUGGACGGAGUAUAGACAUGGCUCGAUCUCGAGGACAUCACAUACUCAAUCUAUACCACUGUCUUUCAAAAGGGUUUCAGCGAGACGCGAGAGCCUUCAGUCAGAGCAGUGGCGUGUAACAGCAGGCCUGCCAAAAACCGUACUCUCCUUGGAUGACUGCGGCUUUGAGUCUGUUCCCGCUGCUUGCCAAGGAAUAAUCAUGGGCUGCAUAGUCAUCGCGAAUCAUAAGCAAGGGCUGUACAAGAAAAAUAAACAGGAAACAUUUUUGCGUAAAUUAGCGAACAUAGACGUCUUUACGAUAGUUGCAAAGCAUGCUGAGGCAGCAGGGUUAAGAUGCUCAAAGAAUGGAGGUAACAAGGAGAAGCGAGCUCUUUAG